AUGGCCGACGAUGCUGGCACAGCCGAUGAUACAUCCAUCACUUUCACUGUCAAGUCCUCUACCGAUGCCAAAUUCACUCUGACCCUCCCGCUCUCUACUCCGGUGUCGGAGCUCAAGGAGAAGCUCUCAAGCUCCGAGUAUGCGGAUACUCCGGCAGAACGGCAGCGUUUGAUCUACUCUGGAAGAGUGCUCAAGGACAGCGAGACAUUGGAGACCUACAAAAUUAAGGAUGGGCACACCAUUCAUUUGGUGAAGAGUGCGGCCAGCAACCAGCGCCAAAACCCGGCUGCCCAGUCGACUAGCAAUGCCCCUGCGGCUGCUGCUGGCACUACCGGCCAGCCUGCGACUGGUGUCCCUACCAAUCUUGCUGCUGGUACGGGCAACAACCCUCUCGCGGGUCUGACGGGUGCCAGAUAUGCUGGGUUUGCUCAACUGCCCGGCGCGGGUCUUUUCGGCCCAGAUGGCGGGAUGGGCCCUCCUCCGGAUACCGAAUCGAUGCUGAACAUGCUGGAUAACCCUCAAGUUCAAUCGAGCCUCAACGAGGCCCUGCAAAACCCCGCCAUGAUCGACAUGAUGAUUAACCAAAAUCCCAUGCUCCGUGAUAUGGGUCCGGGUGUGCGACAGAUGAUGCAGAGUCCGGAGUUUCGCCGUAUGUUGACCGACCCCAACUCGCUCCGGCAAAUGAUGCAGAUGCAGCGUGCAAUGGGCGGUGGUGGACUUGGCGGCGAGAGCGCAUUCCCUGCGCCUGGCGUGACAAAUACAACCGAGGAUGGCCAGAACGCACAGCAGCAGAAUGCGCAGGCCAAUCCAUUCGGUCAAAUGGCGCAGAACCCCUUCGGAAAUCCCUUCGCGCAACUCUUUGGUGGCAAUCCUUUUGGAAUGCCGCCCCCGACUUCCGAUACAAACGCUGGUGGCAACACUCAACGCGAGGGUACACAAAAUCCCACCCCUACCACCUCUGCCGAGGGCACCACUAGCACCGAGGGUCAAAAUGCACAACCGCCUCAGAACCCGUUUGCUUCUCUGCUCAACCCCGCUCUUUUCGGUGGUGCUGGUCAAGGCAAUGCUGGUCAAGGUGGUCAAGCGGGAAUGAACCCUUUCAACCCUCAGCAGAACCCAUUCCUUCGUGAUCCUGCCAUGCUUCAACAGAUGAUGCAGGCGAUGGGCGGAGGUCAGGGUGCAGAAGGUGGUGCCAAUCCCCUAGCAUCUUUGUUCGGCGGUGGCGGCGGGUUCGGUGGUGGUGGUUUUGGUGCCCCUCAACCGCCGGAUAAUCGGCCCCCGGAGGAGAGAUAUGCAGAGCAGCUCCGCCAGCUGAACGACAUGGGAUUCUAUGAGUUUGAACGGAACAUUGAGGCGCUGCGCCGAGCUGGUGGUAGCGUGCAAGGAGCCGUGGAGUAUCUUCUGACCCACCCGUCAUGA